AGCAAGGAACCACAAUGAGGACUCUUAUCUUUGCAGUCGCCUUCCUGGGGCUCCUUACAGACUCAGUGUCUGCAAGUAAUGCCAUCCAGCUGAUUAACAAAGGGAAUGAUGGAAGCACGGUCUACCAGACGGUCAACAUCAACCACCACACCAAUGUGGCUGCCUUCAACAUCUACUCCGGGCCCCACUCCAGCAACGCCAUUGUGGAUUACAACAGUGGCAUGAUCGCCUACCACAUGCCCUACAAGAGGAUAUGUGUCGUGUCCCGGAUGAACCGGAACAACUUCCCAAAUAUAUCGCAGCUGGACCAAAUGACCCAUCAGGGCCAAUCGAUCCAUUCCAUUAGCAGAAGUUAUGGGAUUUCUCGCCAACUGGUCUCCAACAUGGCCACCCUUGGGGCCCCGAUCCAGGCCAUUUGCAGCGGCUUGACAACCUACUGGGCUACGGAGUAUGCAAGGCCGCCUCCAUUAGUGGGAGGACGGGCUUGUGCUGGGAUCAACCUCCUCAUCCUGAAUGUGAACUUAUGUGGAGGAAUCUCCCUCUUCUAACCGGAUGAAGCGCCCGCCUCUCCACCUAUUCCGCUCCAGCUUCCGAGUCAGUCGGGCUGCGAAUCCGCUCCAGGGUUUAUUUAUCCCAAACAUGUAAAGCAGCUCUUUGAGAUUCAGCCCAUUGGGCACUCUGUCCGAAAUAGAAGUUUUCUCAUUGGAUGAGUUUGUUAAAGUUCGGACUAAAACCCAAAGCGGAUUUUAAAGACUCCAAUCUCCAAACAUUUUUUCCCUGAUUGGAUAAGUCAAUUAAAGUUCGGACUAAAACCCAAACCAGACUUCAAACUCUGAAACUGUUUUCCCCCCCUCGUUGAAUGGUUUCAUUAAAGUUCGGACUAAAACCCAAAGUGAACUCAAAAGUUUUAAUGAGACUCAACUGUUGUUCUUUUUCCUAAUUGUAUGGCUCAUUAAAGUUCAGACUAGGUUCCAGUAUGAUUAAAGUUCGGACUAAAACCCAAAGCGGACCUAAUGACUGUGAUCUCCAAAAUGGUUUAUUUUUCACCUAUUUUGGACAAGCCUGUUAAAAGUUAAUUGGAUUAAAUUAACCUAAAAAACUGUGAUCUCUUUCCUCAUUGGAUAAAAUUAAUUAAAGUUCGGACUAAAACCCAAAGCGAACUUAAAGACUGUGAUCUCCAAAAUGGUUUAUUUUUCACCUAUUUUGGACAAGGCUGUUAAAAGUUAAUUGGAUUAAAUUAACCUAAAAGACUGUGAUCUCUUUCCUCAUUGGAUAAAAUUAAUUAAAGUUCGGACUAAAACCCAAAGCGGACUCUAACGGUUUUGCUCCUGUUUUUAAAUGAAUUUGUUAAAUGUUUGUUGGAUAAGUUUGUUAAAGUCCAAACUAAAAGACUGCCAUAGUUCUUUAUUAUUGGAUCAAACUGUUAAUGUUCAGACUAAAACCCGGAGCGGACUCCCAAACCUCAUUGGCCUGGAAGCCCUGCAUGAAAAGGCCAAAGACUUGGAGACUUUCAUUGCAAACACUGGAGUUCUCUGUAACUACUUUCUUUCUUGGACAAAGUAACUAUGGUGUAAUAGAACUACUUUAAAAGAAUUUGGGUUAAAAAUUUACAUUAAUUGUUUUUUCUUCCCAAAUAUGUAAUGGAAAUCAAUAAA